AUGGUUCUCCCAUUUUUAGUGAGAUCCGUGGCUAGUUCACACACAAAGAAGGAUGUAGAAGUGGUAUUCACAAAGCUUCUCAAGGCUCUCCCAGAAUUGGAAGGCUCGAUAGUAGCAAAUAGUUUAAACCUCCUAUCUAAAAAGGAAAUUAGCCAACCGACCUUCCACUGGAGGAAAAUAGCGGAUAUUCUCACUGAAAACACGUCAAGGGUAAAACAUGAAUCUAAGAACAAAACUACUACACUCAUCCACAACUACACUGCCAAUGAAAUUUGCAUCAUUCUGAAUGCAUUUGCGAAGAUUAAUUGUGUACACCAUGGUCUCUUAAAUACUUCUGUCAAAAUCAUAAUGGAUCAAAUAAGAGAGGUGCAUACGGCAUCUAUAUGCAACGUUAUACAUUCACUCGGUAAGUUCGGAGAAAUUUCUUUCAUAAAAGACAUUGUAAAAAAACUAGUUGCUUGCAGUGGACCUUCUGCACGUACUUUCCCUGGUAAAUCCAAAAAAAUCGGCGGUUACAACUCUGUCAAUACCAUGUCAUGGGAUAGCAAAACUAUACAAAAGUUGGUUGGUAAUUUUAAUGAGAAGGAUUUUUCAAUGAUUUUGAGGGUACUUCUUCUAAAUAACGAUAAAUUAGGUACUGAUAAUAUGGUGAAUGACCUACUAUCUUCCCUAGCAACAAAAUGUGAGAAUCUUACGGACCAAACUAUAGCCAUAUUAGUAAACUCCAUUGCUUAUUAUGGACAAGAUAAUAAUGGUCUACUCUAUGUUUUGUCUCCAAUAAUCUCCUUAAGAUUAAAAAACUCUGGGUUUACGCCGCAGUGCAUAGCUCAAAUCGCAAACGGUUACGCUAGGUUGGAUGUAAGAGAUGAAGUUCUUUUUGGUGCCUUAUCUGAUCGUGUUUGCAAGGACAAUGAUAAAUUUUCAGUUAGGGUUAUUGUUAAUGUGUUGAAUGCGCAUGCAAAAUUAUCCAUUUAUGAUGAAAAAUUAUUCGGUUUGUGCGUUAAAAAACUUGAAAAAAGGGUGAAGGAAAUGACCCCGCAGUGUGUAGGAAACACCAUAAGUGCAUACUCUAAAUUUUCUGGACUAAUAGAUAGGUCAAAGUUGCAAAACUUUUUUAACAUACUGUGCAAAUAUAUUGAAGAGUUGGAUUGUUUUGACAAUUUUAUACCACAAAAUUAUGUUAAUAUAUUGGACGGACUUACAAGACUAGAAGCUUAUUCACAGAAGCUAUUUUUAAAAUUUGCGGCAAGUAUUAUACCACUAAAGGAUAAGCUUAAUCACGUGGAUGUAAAGUCGUUGUUAUUCUCUAUUUACCAUUGUAAACUUAUUCAUUCUGACUUGUUAUUGGCCCUUUUAUCUAGAUUGGAAUUUGUUAUAAAAAAAAUGGGACAUAACUUUAUGACAAACUCUAUCUUCAUUACUUCACAGCUUCAUUUCAUAUGUAAUCCUGAUGGAAAACAUUUUAAAAACGAAAACUUUCUUUACUUGCCCCAGGGAGGGAAUGAUAUAACAAAUUCUCCCAGUCCUGAUGAACUGAGAGGCAUACAAUCGAAACUCUUGGAAUCUGUGGGAUUUGUAAUUUUGUGCAUGAAGAGUUUUGGUACAAUAAACUAUCUUAACCCAGCUGGAAUAUAUACCUGCAUCAAAUCUUUGUUAAAAGCUAACUUGCUGGAUUUUGGAUUCAUAGAUUUGCUGUUACAACAAUUGUCAAACCAUGUUAAACAUGACAGUAGUUCACGGAUUUUAAUAAUUUUGGGUCAAUUGCCACUAAUUAACCACAAAAUUCCGGAUCAUUUACUAAAUAGCCUACGUGGGAUGUAUCUUACACCGAGAGAAUCAAUCGAUCUCUUGAAUAUACUCUGUAAGUUGGGUCAAAUAGAUUUCUCGGUUUUUAAUGCUCUAAAGUCAUUGAAUCUAUGGAAAUGUGACGUAAUUAAGACCCACUUAAGCCUAUCAUUAUUUAUAAAUCACAUGUAUACAUUGCAAUGCAGUUUGGAAACCUUUACUCAUGCUACAACACUAUCUAGGAGAUUGGUCAACAUUUGCAAAUAUAACUCUCAGGUGGGUAUCUUCAACCCAGAUAUCAUCGCAAGUGUGCUUGUGCUGCACAAUAAUCGAGAACUUGGAUGUAUGAAUACAUCCAUGUUGGAGGGUUUGAAAGAUAUCAAAAUCACCAACAAUACAUUAUUUAAAUCUCCGUCUAAGAAUUUUGAAUACGAAUUACGUGAGGAAAUUGAAUCCCUAGCUAAUUCUCUGACAGGAACUGUAGACUAUGUUGAAAACUGUCUCUUUUCGGAUCACAGAUCACUGACACUAUUAAUUAAAUAG